GCCCAUUCUUCUCUUCUUUCCAUUCCAUCCUCACACAAAGAGCAUAUCGAAAGGGAGGAUCCGGGACAAGCGGCACCACAUCUGCUCACAGCUCGCAUCUCUCUCUCCUCUCUCUCUCUCUCUUCGCAAGCCAUGAUGCAUUGCCGUCCUCUGAUCUCCGUCGUUAUCGCCGCUUCCAUCAUCUCAUCGGCCACGGCAGGAGAAGGCAAUCUCAACCGGCGUAACUUGAAGGGUGGCGGCGGCGGGUUCGGUGGUGGCGGAGGAGGGUUCUCUGGCGGUGGCGGAGGGGGAGGUGGCUUCGUCGCUGUUCACUCUAGCGGAGGUGGCGGGAGUGGUGAAGGCAAACCAUGGACUACCACCCACACUAUCGUUUGUAAGCAUGUGGCCUGUCGCAUCACAGUAAGCGCAUGGCACAGCGAACUUGUGAUGAAUCCGCGUGUUGUGUGUUAUGUCUGCAGUCAGCUGUUUGUUCGGCAUCCCCAUUCUCUGCUGCAUCGGGUGGUGUGUCGGGUGCUGCAUCAAAGGGUGUGUGGAGGGGGGCAACAUACAGCAGCAACAGCGGCUGGCCAGCAACCGCAAUGACCGCAUCAAGCCCACCGUCACCAAGACGCCCCCUCAGUCUGGCACCUGGUGGGCAGCUACAUCGGCUCCUUCGGUUGGUGUACGCUUGUAUAUGUCCUGCUGUGUGUGUGUGUGUGUGAUGUGGGUGCGUCAGGUUGGGCAGCUACAUGGAAAGAGGCGUCAGCUUUACCACCACUUACAAGCUGACAUUCGGUGUGGACGGCACUGUCACGGGCACUGGCAAUGAUGCCGACGGCGACUUCACCGUCAACGGCGUCUACAACACGACCACAGGCAAGGUGUCCUGGAGCGAGAAGUCUCGGUGGAGAAACCUCGCUGUCGACGUGACCGGCUCAUUCGACGCCCAGUAUCGGUCCAUCUCCGGCCGCUACACAGCAAACACGGGCGUGAGCAACACCAUGACCAUUCGGCUCGCCACGGCCGACCCGAUGACGCAGCCCGUGCCCAUCCCUCAUCCCGGCAUGACUCGCACCGAGGCCCCAUCCCCUGCCCACACAGCACUGACUGUGGCGCCGACAGAGCCCGACCGAGAGCCGACGAUCGAUGGCAGAUCAGACACGACGGCGCCUUCUUCAUUUGGUGGUGGGCAGGACAGGCAGCCGGCGGUUAUCACGAGGUUCUGAUGAUGGAUGGCUCUGUGGAUAUGCAUAAAGGGGGGAGCGAGGGAAGACAGGAUGUACGUAUGUAUGUACAUAAUGACUGACUGACCUAUCAAUGCUUCCGUCCGCUCGUGCCGCAUGCGUGUGUGCGUGUC